GGACCGGUCAUUAUUUAUGGCAGGGGGGAGGGAAAAAUGGGGGGGGGGCAUAUGUAUAAAUAAAUGACUCGAAGAGGGGGCUAUUAAAUUUUUUCAAGAAAAUGAGGGGGGGGUUGCAAUUAGAUUUGAAGGAAUUUGCUUUGGUGUAAAUAGGUAAUGGGACAAGUACUGGUGUGAGACAUUGUGUAACCUAAAUAAUUAUAGGACCAGUAUUCAAAUUUAUUGUUAUUUACUUCAACUUCAAUAGUAUGAACUGCAUAUACGUGAUGAAUUAUGGCAAUAACGAUUAUAGGAACUGAGGAGGGGUGAAUUUGUUAAUUAGAAACGAUAAGUCGAGAGAUAAAGGAGAGAAAAGGAAAGGCAACCCUGUACGCGUUUCGACCUAACAGUCUUCUUCAGCAGGGUUUUUUAAGAGGGGUGCAGGUAGAAUUUGCAGAGGAGAAUGAAGGAGAGGUUAGGAGUUAGGAUAAGCAAUGGCACAGUAACAGAAAGGAAAGAUGGAAAGAUAGUGAGAAAUGAAAAAACUACUACAUGUUAAAAGAAAGGUUAUCCUACCAAAUGUCUUGUUAUUGCGCGACAUUCCAACACCACGCACCUUGCUGUUCAUCUUUUGUUUAGUUUGAUGAAAAGAGUAAUGAUACAGUCCUUUCAAUUUUAGCUAACUCAAUAGUAUAGUGAGUAUGAAUGAUGUGAUGGUAGUGGUGGGGUAGGAUUUAUAUCAUAGUGUGAUCAUGUGACUAAGGUGAUUGCAUCCUAAUAUGGUGAAGGGAGCUAAUUAGACAGGGAUGGGGAGGUAUCGCAAUAAGAGGUGAUUAGUGAUAAAUAAUAAAAUAAAUAAAUAAUUAGAUAAAUAAUUACCCCUUUACAGGGUUUAUUGUUAUAGAUUUAUGAGUAUACAUUAACCCCCAAAAAACUAAAUAUGUACAUAUAUAACAAAGCCAAACAAGGAUGAUAAUUGGAUGAUAAAUGGAAUGAUAUUAUAUGUCCAAUCGUUAUCUAUAGUAGGUCUUAAUUUGUCACGUGGAGUACUCAAGUUAUCCAUCAUUAUAUUUACAAAGUAUACUAUUAAAACAUGACAAGUAUGUUUCGUGUUACUUGUACAAGGAACCAAUGGUUAUAUGAAAAUAAAUGGGGACUGGGAUUAUGUUGGUGCAUUAUUAAAUAGCUGGUCAUAACUGAAAAAUUCUAUAUAGGACGCGUAUGACGCCUAAGGUAUAAAAUGCAUGUAGACAUGCAUAGAGGAUUUGAAUUAGGUAUAGGAAUUGUAACUAUUGCUAUUAGCCAUCAAAACAUAUUAGGUACAUGCAUGUCCAAAAACAUCAGGCUCUGUUUUAAUAGUCCAACUGUAUGUAAUUAAAAAGGUUGACCAACUAUGCAGCGAUGACGAGUCUAUUCGAGUGGUUUCAUAUAGAUGUUAUCGUAGGAAAUGCCACAGUCAAGUAAUGGUAUGAAAAAUUGGCUAUUGACGUCAAUGUUAAUCCUUUUCAAGUGCCAACCAGGACGAUUAAUUCUUUAUAGUAUGUGGACAACAAUGUCUGCUUGAUGGUAAGAUAUCAACAGCUGGUAUUAUAAGUUGUUGUAAAUAUGGUUUUCAAAACUCGGUGUUUCUAUUGCUUUAAUAUGACCAAAUUAUCCAGUAUUUCCACGACCAAUGACGAAACUCCAAAAUCUGUGUCUCACCAUAUCGAACCCGCUGUCAUAGUGGUGUUAGUAUGGCAUUAAAUUUCAUUAGUGCUAAUUAUUUGAUAGCUUAGAGUGCACUAUGUGUUUUGGUGUAAAUAGGUAAUGGGACAAGUACUGGUGUGAGACAUUGUGUACCUAAAUAAUUAUAGGACCAGUAUUCAAAUUUAUUGUUAAUUACUUGAACUUAAAUAGUAUGAACUGCAUAUACGUGAUGAAUUAAGGCAAUAACGAUUAAGAAAGGGAGGUCACAACGUGUUGGUUCAACCGUCACUAGGAAUAUGUCCAGCCCUAAUAUUACCACCCCAAACCCCUUCACAACUAACAGGAGGAAUAAUAUUAACACAACCCUGACUAACGUAACUAGUUCUAACCUGGAGGAUUUUCUCUCACGUAUGCAUCUCCCCAGCUAUCACCUAAACACGAAAAACGAGAUGAAGCCCCGCUAACUAACAAGCUAACCAAAACCAAAUUGCGCAAAUAUUUGAAAACUAAAAGGAAUAAUAAUAAUUACCGAUUUACAAGUAAAGGUACAAUUCUCUCUGAAAUUAAAAUGAAACGUAUCAAAGAUAGUGUGGUGAAUUUAUCCAACCCACCAUUCAAAUUUUAUCUAAAGGUCUUAAAUUCAUACCCACACCACAACCAACUAAUAGGGAGAUUGUAUACAAGUCCUAUCAGACCUUUCGACGAAAGAUGCACUUAAGAUAUUUCUUCAAAGAAUCUACUAACAAUGAUACUCCCUCCCAUCCGUUUAAAUUAAAAAGUGACUUACACCUCCGCUUCCUGACAAUGAGAACCUCCUAGAGUUUAUUUCCCUAGUUUAUCAAGAAAUACUCUCGCACCCCAAUACCCCCACUAACAAACAUAAAAACUAUUCGAGAGAAGAAAUAUCUGCACUAAAAGAUUUGCAGAAAAACGAUAACUUGAUUGUUAAACCAGCAGAUAAAGGUGGGGCCAUUGUCAUCUGGCCAAGAGAUGACUACCUACGUGAGGCCUCUAAACAACUUGCUAACACUACCCAUUACAACCAUAUUUUAAUGAAUCCCAUCCCUGAACUAAUAACUAGAAUACAACAAUUUGUUCGAAAUAAUCAUAAAUUAGGUCAAUUUGAUUACACAACAUAUAAAUUCCUAAUGCCCCCUACACCUACUAAAACUCCCACCCUAUACUUACUACCCAAAAUUCAUAAAGCUGGCAACCCGGGUAGACCUAUCAUCUCUGGGUGUGAUGGACCCACUGUCAGAUUAUCGAAAUAUGCGGACCACUUCCUCAAACCCUUAGUUAGCAAUAUCCCAUCAUUUGUUAAAGAUUCAACGGAUUUCCUUAGACGUAUAUUUAAACUUGACCAUAAUCUUCCUACUGACAUUAUUCUUCUUACAAUAGAUGUUAGAUCUCUGUACACUAAUCCAUUUGGUUGUAAUUGCGACUAAAUCAUGGUCACUGAUGUGAAAUAGUCUGGAUUUAUCUUGUCUUCUAUGUGCUGUAUGCAAAUCAGUUUUUACUGAUUGCAGAGAUAAAUUGACAAUGAAUUAUUACAUCAGCUAUCUUGAUGUGGUUAAAUACAUUUAAGCAAGGUUAACGGCAAAUGUAUUAUGCAGGCCACAUCCACUGAGGGGAGUCUGUGACGUCAUAUCGAUUAAAGGGGGUUGUUUCGCGCCUUGUGAUCAGUGCUUCGGUCUGGGUAUUCAUUCUGCCAUUGUAUGCGCCUAGCUGUAGCAAGUUUAGCGCUUAGAUACCUUUUCCCUACCCACCCACCCAUGUUUAUUCUAGAGGAUUUAUCUGGUAGUAUGUCAUUUUAUUUUAUAUAAUUUUUAAUCUCACAUAAAAUAGGAUGUAUAGACCACUAUACAUUAUAUUUCGUUUCCACUGACUUGUCAGUGUGACUGGUGCCGGAGGUAUGCCUUGGCAGAAUGUCCAGAAUUGUCAUGGCUAUCUCCUUUUGCUGCUAAUAUUACUGAUUGUUUCUCUCAUUGCUACGCAGCUGCUAUGGCAAUACUUUGUGCCAUCAAAUCUAGUUACAGCCUUGGACCACAAACGGCACCUGCAUGGCUCCAAAUACUAAUAUUAAUUCUCUGCCGUUAAACAUGGUUACAAUCGCCCAGACCAAAUGGAAACCUGAUUUUAGAGUUAUAUAUGAAAAUACCCUUCUUUUUAAUUAUAAUUUUCUACUAAUAUAUAUUUCUGGUCGACGUUAAUAUCUUGUCAGCUCCAUAAUCUUAUUUAAUUAAUAAUUAACAUUAGAACGCCUGGGUAUCCCCAUUUGUCGAGUAAAAAUGAAAAUGGAGGGGGGUCAAAGAAAAAUAUUCUAAUAUGUAGGGGAGGGGUCAUCAUUAAAUUUCUGCUCUUUUAAGGGGGGGCUUUCAAUUUUAAAAAUUUAGAAAACAAAAAAUUUCCCUCCCCCUUCCAUAAAUAAUGACCGGUCCCUUUACAAGGAGCGGUAUUCUAAAGUACAAAUUGAAAAUGAAUCAUGGCGACUACCGCAGAACCUUUAUCAGCUCUUUAACAACGAUAUUAGAAUAACUCUUUUAAAUCCCAAGUGCUUUCUAUCAUUUUGCUUAAAUUCUGGAAUAAUUACGACCACUCUCAUUGAUGGAAAACUCAAUUUAAACUCUAAUUUAAAAACAAAAUCCAACAUAGGAUCAUUAUUUUCCGGUGCCCAAUUGGAUUUGCUUUUAAAAUAUCUUAGUCUUAUCAAAUUUCAUUAUCAUUAGCUUUGUAAAAAAAAACACUUAAGCUUAAGAGAGCUUGCCUGUAAGAAUCACAGAAUGUGUGGCAGAUAUGAAAAACUGAAAGUUCUUCAAUUUCCCUCGAUUUUAUAUAUAUUGUAGACCUAUCCAAUCCCACACAUUUACUGAAGAUUCAGCCAUCAAACAAAAAAUGAAGAAAAGUUAGAGCACUUCAAAAAUCGAACCAAAAAUGACGCAAAAUGUCCAAGAAAUUACGCUAUAUAAAGCAGUCAACAUCAUGUGCUGUGCUGAGCGCGCAUUAUAAGUUUUUGCUCUGCUGUUACAAUAUAUGUCUUUAGAAUAUAUGGAACUUUCUCGUUAUAUCUUUCCUCCAUAAAUCGAAACUUAUUGAUUUGGUUAUUUUAGAUCAAAGAUGGUUGAAAUUUCCGGGUUUUCCAAACUAGCCAAAGUACAUCUUGUGAAUCGCCUAUUUAAAUAUGGUCCUACUUUCUUUAUCAAUGUACAUAUGCAUAAUUUGUUAGGGCUAGGAUUUAGUCAUUCGACGACGAUUUCAGAUGUUUGGGAUUCUUUUGUGUCUUGGCGAAAUUUGCACUUUAAACAUGUACAAUAUUAGCGUAAUGGGCAAUUCCAGCUAUAGACUAAAUUUUGAUUUGGGCAAGAAAAACAAAAUCCAUCAGCACAGCUAGAAAGAGCAUGUUAAAAUUAGUAAAAUCACAAAGUUUGGUUGCAAAAUGUUGUAAAAUGAGGCAAAUAUAGCCCUGCGAAAGUUGCAAAUUUUGUAUUAAUUUGUUCGCAAUAGACCAUUAUUUUGCGUAAUAGACUAAAUUUUGAUCUAAACAAGUCUAGGCAAAAAUUUCAUCCCAGCUUGAAAGAGCAUCACAAAAUUAGUGACAUUCCAAAGUUUCGUUGCGAAAUGUUGUAAAAUGCGGAAAAUAUAGCCUUGCGAAGUUUGCAAUUUUCAGUUAUUAGGCAAGAUAGAUAACCGACUUUUUUACGUUUGGAACAUUUGAAAGCACAACACUGAGGACCUCUAACUUUUCCCAUUGCUGUGAAAUUUGCUGAGUUUAACUCAACUUAAUUACAAUUGGUGCCAAAAUGGUAAAAACUCUUUGCCACAGGUCUCCAAAAAUGUUUUUAAAAUUGAACAUGUUUUUUGAAUUAUAUUUACAGUAACCACUAAACUCAAAAGGCUAAUAUUGAGAGUUUAUCAUGUUUUUAAUUCCUGAGAGUACUUGCACAGGGUUCGUAGCGGUCUUUGAAAUCCUGGAAAGUCUUUAAAUUGGAUGCAGGUCUUUGAAGUCUUUGAAAAGUCUUUACAUUGUGUGAAAAAGCGAAGAAAGUCUUUAAAAGCCUUUAAAUUCUUUAGUGACGAAUUGAUUAUACGAUUUCUUAGUUAAUAAAAUAGCUUGAUUGAAUCAAGAUUUUCGCAAAUAUCGACGAAAAUGCGCAUUUUAGGAUGUGAUUUGAUGGGAAUAAUUACUGGAUAAAAAUGGUGCUUACAGUCGCAAUUUUUCGACAGCUGAUUGUUCUCAAAGGUCUUUGAAAAGUCUUUGAAAAUAGACGUGUUACGAAAGUAUUAAAAAUAAUAUAAAAAUAGUUCAAUUUGCACCCCAGGUAACUAUAAAAUACUAGUUACGUCGAAUGGAGAGAUAAUGAGCAUUUUUGACGAAAAAUAAACAGAUAAAGUAUAUCUCAUUUCGGACGUGCGUAAAAUGUCAAUUAUCUGUCCAUUAGGCAAGAUAGAUAACUCGUCAAUUUGUCAAAGAUGGACGAUAACCUUGCAUGGUGGCAUUGGUGGGCCGUUGUGUUUACAUAAUUCAAAGUCCAAGGCUGGUUCUUCUCUGACAUGAAAAUGUGCAUGCUUAGGGCCUUUCUGUCAAUCAUUCUUAGGUAUAUUUCGCGCGGUUGAGUAAUGAAAACAUUACGUCAUCAAGGUCUUGGUUCAAUAAAAUUGUAAGUAAAUUUAGUUUAGUAGGUAUAGUAAGGUUCACAUAGAGAUAAGUUGAAGUUUUUACUAUGAUAUUUCAAUAAGUAUUUUAAGUUGUGAACAUAUUUUAACAUUGAUCGAUUGAACAGCGAACCAACUCGACAAGUGCGACAACGCCUUAAAUAAACAGAAUGUGAGAGCUGGAACGAGCUAGCAACGCCAACCCACACUUUUAAAACUCAACGUUGAUUGGCUACAUACAAAUCACACCACUUGCUACAUCACGUGUACAAAGAUUCCUCAACCGUUAGUAUAAAAGUGCGUGCACAACCGAAAUUCGUCAGUGGAUAAUUUCUCAGUGGACUGAUCAGUAAAGUGAAGUAAAGUGAAGACUGAUGAGCAAAGUGAAAUGAAGUGAACUUUAGGAAACUACUACGAGAUCGAAGACGAACAUUAUAUUAAGAACUGAUACUUAUUUAAGAUUGUUGUAACGAUUCGCUACACUACUUAAAUAAAGCCUCGUAACAGACGGAAAAAGUCUUUAAAAGUCUUUGAAUAUUUUUGGUCUUGGAGACUACGAACCCUGUUGCAAAUUUCGUUUAUUUUUUAAGAAAAGUUUAAUAUUGUGCAUUUGAUAUGAGUCAAAGAAUUGGAAAGCACUAUUACACAAAGUCAAAAGUAGUAUUUUAUUAUAACAAUAGAAUUAUUCAUACAAUAAUGAAUGUAACUAUAUUUAAGAUUAUAAAAUUUACUGUGCAUCAAGCAGAUUAUUUCACUGAUCUUAUACAAUAAUGCAAGAAAUAAUGUGUGUCAUUACAAAACAGGUUUUCCCAUAUUAAAGCAGUUCUAAAAUACAAAUUACUGUAUUAACGCAGUGACCUAUUACAGUAAUUUGGCAGUUUGGUUGCUUGAAUUAAAAGGAAAAGGUCUUGUACUCACAGGACUCAAUAGAAAGAAAUAUUUCUUAACAUCAAUUAAAGAUAGUUUGAAGCAUAUUCAUACCAUUGGAUUAUCAACUAUAUUUCCUAAAAAAUAGCAAUUACGUUAUAAAAUAUAUAUAUUGCCUGCGAAUAUAAAGUUGCAAUUGUUCUCUAGCUUCUAAUAGAUUUUAAUCAUGAUGUGAUUCCAUGGAACGUAAAAUAAUACAUGAUAUGUUGUAUGUAAAUAAAUAUACACAUACUAAGAAGUAAGAAUCAUUUUUGUUUUGGUUUAUUUCAUGUUUUGUAUUGACUAUUUUUGCCAUAAUUGAUAAACUGUGACUAAAAUGUUUUGCAAUGUUGCUGUCUUUCACAAAUACAUUUACAAUUUUGCCAUGAAGCAAUGGUGAUACUAGCUGAAAAUGUCUUAUUUGGAAUUGGUGGAACUAUAUUUAUAUAUGAAUAUGCAUCAAAAUCUUAAUUCCACACACAACUGAACAUGAUAUAUUUAACAGCAAAAUAUUGAAAAAUCGCAAUGGUUUGUCCAUACUUGUCAUAUGGCCGCCCUUCAUACGGGUCGACAAAUAUUGAUAUUUUUAGAAAAAAUAAUUAAAAUUUGCCUUCCCCUUAUUCACAAUAUGAAGCUCCAACGAUCUGGCAUCGUUGACAACAAUUAAGUUCCACACUUAAAACCCCAAAAUUGACUGCAUAAAAGAGGAUUUAUGGUCAACUUUGUCCAUUUCCGGAAUACAAAAUGUACAAAUUAUCGGCUCCGUGGGAACGACCAAUAUGGCCGCCUCGCGUAAAAUGCGACUGCGAUCAGGCUUCAAUUUUCGCCCGGCGACAGGGUGGGAUGCGUUAUCUAGUGUAUAUGAGAUAUCUAUGGGAAAAAUCCUUAUUAUCAACACAGUGAUCAUUUGGACAUAAAAUCUUUCCCAAAUGUACCGCUCGUUGGGCCAGCCUUUCAAUUUCAUUUAGCAUAGUACAGCAAUUUCCUCAUUUGCAUCCUCAUGUCCGCCAUGCUUGUUACAAAUUCUGCCAGGCAUUUCGUUUCCCGUGUCCACCCCAAGCACCCCCGCGCGCUCGCUCAUCUUAGCCAUUGAUCUAUAUAAAAAAAAUUGUGGUGUUGCUAUUUUUAGUACGUUAUUUGCGCCUGUGUACGAGACUGGGAAGCGCGGUAGUUGCCUUCAUUGGUUGCUACUGUCGUUGUCUUUUGAGACGUGUUUGUAUCUAUCUCUCUGGGCACGGAGAUCGCCUUCAUUGGUGUUGUCGUCGUUGUUUUUUGAGUUGUGUUAGUGCUCUUGUCUGUCAAUGUUUUCAAACUUCGGCCUUUUUGACUGUUGUUUAUGAUGUUUUAAUGGUGUCAUUUCGCUGUUAUGUCAUGUGGCUUGUAAUUUUGUUUUGUUUUGUUUCGUUUCGUUUUGUUUUGUUUUGUUUUGUUUUGUUUUGUUUUGUUUUGUUUUGUUUUGUUUUGUUUUGUUUUGUUUUGUUUUGUUUUGUUUUGUUUUGUUUGUGUUAUUAAUAGGCGCAGUGGUCUUCUUUAUUGGUGUACUGCUGUGCCUUCCUUUUUGAAUUAAUGUUGGCCUGCGGUUUGUUCAAACUCAGUUAACAUCAUUCCCGUCCAUCCACUAUCAUAGGGCUAGGGAUCCCUAGACAUGAAGAUGCUUAGCAUCUGAUUGUUCUGGUUUUCAUGUUUACCUCGUGGCACGGGGGAGAGGAUUGUACUCUCUGUUGGUUUGCUUGCUGUGUAGCAACCCCUUAGGUGCGGCGAUUUCUCUGACUCGGGUUCCAAUGCACCGUCGGGACCAGAUCAGCAAUGAUCAAAGCCUUUCGUCGUUCAACUCAAAAUGAAACUAAUGGACGACUUGCGCUUUACACUAAAUUUUAUUCUAAGUAAGAACAACGAAAUCUAUCACCACAGUUGGAAAGAGCGUCUUGGAAUUAGUAAUAUUACAAAGUUUGGUUGCGAAAAGUUGUAAAAUACGGAAAAUAUAGCCCUUCAAAGUUGGCAAAUUUGUAUACUUUUGUAUUACGUGCAUGAAUUAGUAACUAAAGCCCCGUUUACACUACGCUCAAUUUUUUGUACGGUACGGAUAAAAUUGGUACCCGUACAACUUUUUUGGUUCUUGGACUACUUAUUUAGGUAGUCCAAGAACCAAAAAAGUGGUACGGUACCAAAAAUCGAGCGUAGUGUAAACGGUGCUUAAUUUUGCUAGGUUUUUGAAACCAAAAUAGUGGUACGGAUACCAAUUUUACCCGUGCCGUACCAAAAAUCGAGCGUAGUGUAAACGGGGCUUAAAUUAGUUACCAAUUUCGCACGUAAUAGAAAUGUAUACAAAUUUGCCAAAUUCGCCGGGCUAUAUUUUCCGUAUUUUACAAAAUUUCGCAACCAAACUUUGCAGUUUUUCUAAUUUUGAUAACUUCUUUCCGAAAAUAUCCUUUGUUAUUCCCAGAUUAAAAAUUUUUCUAAAGCGCAAGUCGUCCAUUCCAUGAUAUGCUGGGAAAUUAGUGAUUAAAUGUCCCUCAUCUUGGGAAGGUUUUCCCUAGGCUUUCGGGGACUAUUUUCCCUCAUAUCAUAGUAUUACUUAUACACGGUAUUAUUUCUUAUACAAGAAAUACUGGAUUCUGAUUGGAUAAUUGCCGCUCGCGCAUGCCCAGUGUGGCCAUUUAAGAAUGUUUUGGUCAUCCCAUUCUCGAUUCGCAUGACUAAAAUCCUCGCUUAUAGCCUACAAUACAGCUAGCUGCUUACAACGGCAAAAAUCACAAUAAAUACACUGUCGAUGAUUUUAAAUCUUAAAUAAUCAUAUUAUCCCCGAGCCGACGGCGCGAAGCGCCGUGCGAGGGUACUAAUUCCCCCCGGAUUCUGUGCCCCGGCUAUUUACACCCGGGGAAACGAAAACAUUUAUUUUCAUUACCGUCCUGUACGAAUUAAAUUUGUUUCAUUUCAAAGUGCGAGUAAUAAGUUGAAGCUCGAGUUAGAAGUUUUAUAUAAAUAUCGGCAUAAACCAUGAAGCAGUUCAUUUCAAUUCACAUUUAAAAACGCUUUACGUAGAGUUUCGUUUUGAAUUUUACAUUAACGUAAAGCCUAUAGAACCCAAAAUAUUAUACCUACUUUUUGUAUUUUAGAAAUUGAUAGUUCUGUGUUUAAAAGUGUUCAAAUGUCAUCUAUUUUUUCCCGGUUUGUACAAAAAAUUAAAAAAACAAUUAUCGUGUUGCCCAUGACUAACAUGACGUGGGCAACGCGAGCCUGCGUUCAGUGUUGGCGUAAUUACGAAUACUUCAUGUUGAAACAAUGUUUGGAAAAUAUAGGCGAGGGGUUGUUGCAUGUAUGUAUUUCUAGUAAUGAUAUAUUUUAGCUUUUGAUAUCAUAUAAAGCAAAAUAAACCGCCCGAAAAUAGAAACUAACAACAUAAGGCGAGUCUUAUACGAGAAUUUUCAGAAAACACUUAUUACCCUACUACAGAAAUUUGUGCACAGGGUAGAUGGGAAAUUGGAUAAUACCAUUGAAUUCGCCUUAAAAAUCGGUACCUUUUCAUAAUAAACACUUCUAGACAAUUUAAUAAAGAAAAAUUUUCGCUCGAAACAUUUAGCAUGACCAAGGUCAUUUGAGCUGGCUUCGCCACUGAUCAAAACCCUAGCAUGGAUUCCCUACAAUUAAAAUACUCUUUAAAAUUCAUAAACCUUGUGGCAAUCAUGUCGGCCAUAAUAUGUCACGUGGAGUGACUUUAUAUCUGAUAAAAGUCAUCUUCAUUAGUAUUCUUUAUAUAAUUCUUCAUCUUUAUUAGUGCGAUCAUAUAAUUGUUCAUCUUAAUUAGUAUUCUUUUGUAGUCGUAUUUUAAGCUAUUCAAAACACUCGAACUCGCGUUUUAUCAUAUUUAAUACGUUCGGCUGCGCCUCGCGUUUUAAAUAUGAUAAAACACUCUUUCUCGUGCUUUAAAUAGUACUUAAAGCACCAGUAUAUUUUUUGGACGCAUGAAACUAACAUCAAAACAAGUACAUUAGCUCAAAAUGUCAAAUUUCUUUUUCCAAUUUUCAGGUGGUGUAUUACCUACUUUUUUACUUUUCGAUACGAACAUUGACACCCACCAAUAGAGGUAAAAGAUAUGGACCAUCUAAAAACUUUUAAUUAUAUAAUUAACCCCAUGCUCCUUAAUGGACAGAUGGAUGUCGCGAUCUAUCCAGUUAACUAGUUUUUAUAUGUCUUUGUUUCAGAUCAAUCAAGAAAAACAGGGUUAAUUAAAAAGGUAAUUCAAUGGCUUCCAAAAAGAUCAUAGCCAAAUACGAAAAGUGUUUACAACUUUGUGUUUCAAAUCACGAUCCGUUAGGAGUAGCAAUAUACAACGAUUAUUUGGGUGAUUCGUAUGCUAAUUUAGGAGAGAAUAGAAUAGCCAUUCAGAAUUAUGAGAAAAGUUUACAAAUUUACGCGGAAAUUGGCCAUUGGUCGGGAAUGUUAGGAAGCAAUACAAAGUUAGGCAAUACCUGUUAUAGUCUAGCACAAUACCAAGAAGCUAUAACAUAUUACAAAAAAAGUUUAGAAAUAAGCACGAGAAUUGAUGUUGGAUUAGAAGUGGCAAAUACCAAUUGUAGAUUAUGCGCUGCCUAUCGAUGCAUAGCAAAUUAUAAAGAAGCUAUUACCUAUGGCAAAAAAGGUUUAGACAUAAGCACAGCUAUUGGCAACCAGUCAGGAAUCGCAAGUAGCAGUACCAAUUUGGGCAAUGUCUAUCUCGGGUUAGGAGAAUAUCAGAAGGCCAUUGACUAUUACAAAAAAGGUUUAGAAAUAAGCACUGCUAUUGGCGAUCGGUCAGGAAUAGCAAGUAACAGUGGCAAUUUGGGCAAUGCCUAUCUCGAUUUAGGAGAAUAUCAGAAGGCCAUUGACUAUUUCAAAAAAGAUUUUGAAAUAAGCACUGCUAUUAGCGAUCGCUCAGGAAUAGCAAGAAACAAUGGCAAUUUUGGCAAUGCCUAUCUCAGUUUAGGAGAAUACCAGAAGGCCAUUUACUAUUACAAGAAAGAUUUAGAAAUAAGCACUGCCAUUGGCGAUCGGCCAGGAAUAGCAAGAGGGAAUGGCAAUUUGGGCAAUGCCUAUCUCAGUUAAGGACAAUAUCAGAAGGCCAUUGACUAUUACAAAAAAGGUUUAGAAAUGAGCACUGCUAUUGGCGAUCGGUCAGGAAUAGCAAGUAACAAUGGCAAUUUGGGCAAUGCCUAUCUCAGUUUAGGAGAAUAUCAGAAGGCGAUUGACUAUUACAAAAAAGGUUUAGAAAUGAGCACUGCUAUUGGCGAUCGGUCAGGAAUAGCAAAUAACAAUGGCAAUUUGGGCAAUGCCUAUCUCAGAUUAGGAGAAUAUCAGAAGGCCAUUGAUUAUUUCAAAAAAGGUUCAGAAAUAAGCACUGCUAUUGGCGGUCGGUCUGGAAUAGCAAUAAGCAAUUGCAAUUUGGGCAAUGCCUAUCUCGAUUUAGGAGAAUAUCAGAAGGCCAUUGACUAUUGCAAAAAAGGUUUAGAAAUGAGCACUGCUAUUGGCGAUCGGUCAGGAAUAGCAAGUAACAAUGGCAAUUUGGGCAAUGCCUAUUUCAGUUUAGGAGAAUGUCAGAAGGCCAUUGAUUAUUACGAAAAAGGUUUAGAAAUGAGCACUGCUAUUGGCGAUCAGUCAGGAAUAGCAAAUAGCAAUUGCAGUGUGGGCAAUGUCUAUCUCAGGUUAGGAGAAUAUCAGAAGGCUAUUGACUAUUACAAAAAAGGUUUAGAAAUAAGCACUGCUAUUGGCGAUCGGUCGGAAAUAGCAAGUACCAAUGGCAAUUUGGGCAAUGCCUAUCUCGAUUUAGGAGAAUAUCAGAAGGCCAUUGACUAUUUCAAAAAAGGUUCAGAAAUAAGCACUGCUAUUGGCGAUCAGUCAAGAAUAGCAAGUAGCAAUGGCAAUUUGGGCAAUGCUUAUCUUCGUUUAGGACAAUAUCAGAAGGCCAUUGACUAUUACAAAAAAGGUUUAGAAAUAAGCACUGCUAUUGGCGAUCGGUCAAGAAUAGCAAAUAACAAUGGCAAUUUGGGCAAUGCCUAUCUCAGUUUAGGAGAAUAUCAGAAGGCCAUUGACUAUUACAAAAACGGUUUAGAAAUAAGCACUGCUAUUGGCAAUCGGUCAGGAAUAGCAAGUAAGAAAUGCAAUUUGGGCAAUGCCUAUCUCAGCUUAGGAGAAUACCAGAAGGCCAUUGACUAUUACAAAGAAGGUUUAGAAAUAAGCACUGCUAUUGGCGAUCGGUCUGAAAUAGCAAGAAGCAAUUGCAAUUUGGGCAAUGCCUAUGUCAGUUUAGGAGAAUAUCAGAAGGCCAUUGACUAUUACAAAGAAGGUUUUGAAAUAAGCACUGCUAUUGGCUAUCGGUCAGGAAUAGCAAGAAACACUAGCAGUUUGGGCAAUGCCUAUCGAUUUUUAGGAGAAUAUCACAAGGCCAUUGACUAUUACAAAAAAGGUUUGGAACUGAGCACUGCUAUUGGCGAUCGAUCAGGGAUAGCAAGUGACAAUGGCUAUUUGGGCGAUGCCUAUCUCAAUUUAGGAGAAUAUCAGAAGGCCAUUGACUAUUACAAAAAAGGUUUAGAAAUAAGCACUGCUAUUGGCCGUCGGUCAAGAAUAGCAAGUAACCUCAGCAAUUUAGGAAAUGCGCAUCGAUGUCUCGGAGAGUACGAAGUUGCAACAUCGCACUUAAUGAAAUCAAUUAGUUUCUUCGAUAGAAUCUUUUUAGAUUUUGUUCCGGAUCAAAAUAAGCUAUCGUUCACGAAGCAAUAUUUCAUUUCUCAUACAUCUUUAAUGAGUUGUUUCCUUUCCUUUGAACGUAUUGAAGCCGCAUUAUUGGUCAUUGACCUUGGUAGGGCUAAAGAGCUCCAUUGCUGCGUUGAAAAACAUAAGAGUUCUUUGAACAAAGGCAUGUUCGAUUAUGCACGUGGGAUAUGGAAUAGAAUAGGGGCCAGAGAAGAGCGAAGAGAAAUCGAAAAAAUUAAAACAUUUCCCCAGCUUGGAAACGAUGAUACCUCUAUUUUAGUAUUUGCUUUUGAUUUGAAAGAUUCUCUUAAUGUUUGGGUUUUAAAUGGUGAAGUUAUUUUUAGAAAAUUAGAUGCAUGUUUGGAAACAUUGGAGUGUCUAAUUAUGGAACUUCUUGGGAGGCUAAAAGUUGGUGUUGAUCGGAAUUCUUCGUUUUGCAAGCCUGAUCCAGUUUUUGAUACUCAUAAUCAAAUGAUUUUUCCAUUCGAAAUUCGAAAACAAAAGCCGCCACUCUCUAAAAAUGCGCUUCAAAAUACUGCUUGCUAUGGUCAUUUGAGUAAGCGAGAAAUUUUGGAAAUAUUGUUCAAACUUUUAGUUGAUCCUGUGAAAAAUCUCGUUAACGGCAAUAGGCUCGUUGUUGUCCCUGACCCGCAAUUGUUUUUUACACCGUUUUCAGCAUUAAUUGAUGAAAAUGGCUCUUUUUUAUCCAACAGUUACAGCGUUCAAAUUACACCUUCAUUGCAUACCCUAAUAUGUACCAUGGAACAAUCAUGUGACUCAAACUUUGGUUUUGCGUUGUUUGUUGGUAAUCCAACUGUUGGAAAAGUUUCGUUAAACGGAGAAGAUUUUACACCGUGUGGUCUUCCUAGUGCCGCUGAAGAAGUGAAAUGUCUCUCAAAGCUUUUCCAAGCUACCCCUUUAUUGGGACGUGCUGCAACAAAGGAGGUAGUAUUGCAACUUCUAAAUGGAGCUAGUAUAAUCCAUAUCGCGGCCCAUGGCGAACCAAAUCGAGGUGAAAUAAUGCUUGCGCCAAACUCGUCCCGGGUGCAACCAUGUUUGACUGUUCCCACGCCAGAAUCAUAUCUUCUCACACAGCGAGAUAUUCUAAAUAUGUCUGUGCAAGCUCGCUUGGUAGUUUUAUGCUGUUGCCAUACUGGUCAAGGUGAAAUUACUUCAGAAGGUGUCAUAGGUAUAACUCGAGCAUUUCUUGCAGCCGGAGCGCGCUGUGUUCUUGCCACACUAUGGCCCAUUGACGAUAAUGCCACAAAAGAGUUUAUGGAAAAAUUCUAUGACGAACUUUGCCAAGAAACAUCAGUUUGUGAAGCUUUGAGAAGAACAAUGAACCUCUUUCAAAAACACGAAAACGAAGCUUAUCGAUCUAGUAGAAUCUGGGGGCCAUUUACCGUCUAUGGAGAGGACGCGAAAUUCCAUAAGGAUGAGAUUGAGCAAAUCAGAGAAAAAUCGCAUGAGGUGUUUUCUGGUUUUGUAGUGAUAUAAUUUAAGAAUGCUUUUAAUCUUCAGCAGGCAUCAUCUGUAUCGUUAAAAUGUCGUUCUCUUUUUUAGUUGUAUUCCAAGCAUAAGCUAAUAUGGUAUUACCAUGCAUGCAGUAGAAUGGACUAUUGACUGAAAAUGCUCCUAUUAGGGCCAAUUUCUGCACCUUAAAUUGUUUCGGGCGAUUAAAAGGUUAGACAAGGUAUCGAAUUUUAUUUUGAAAUUAUAUGCGUCUUUGGUUUGAUUCAGUUGCUUACUAGUUGUUGUUGGGUGGAAACGUUCUUGUCGCAAUUAUUCCAAGUUUCUGCAAUUGUAACUUUGCGCAAAAAUAUUAAUUAAAGGAAUAUUAUUUUUUAACUUGGGGAGUGUGCUUGCUGUUGGUUAAAAUGAGAGUCGUGGAAAACGAAACCGUGUAAUUGCCAAAGUUGUUGCUUAACGGGAAAAUAGUAAAGGUGUAUAAUUAGCUUUAGUUUUUAGAGCUGUAUUCCCGUUUGUGAAACAGGAGUUCCGUCGUAGUAAAGUUGCGAAGUUGCUGUAGUUGAUACUUUGAGGGAAAUUGUUGCAGAGAUUCUU